GGGGCCCCAAGGCGCCUGGAAAGAGCCUCCCGGGCCCCGCCGGAUGGCCGCUCCUGGGCAACGCGCUGCAACUGGGCCGCCUGCCGCACCUCACCUUCUGCGAGCUGGCGCGGCGCUACGGCGACGUCUUCCAGCUGCGCCUGGGCACGCGCGCCGUCGUGGUGCUCAACCGGGAGGCGGUGAUCCGGCAGGCGCUGGUCCAGCAGGGGGGGCCCUUCGCGGGCCGACCCGACUUCCCGUCCUUCCACCUGGUGUCCGGGGGCAAGAGCAUGGCCUUCGGGCGCUACACGGAGCGUUGGCGGGCGCAGCGGCGCGUCGCGCACGCCACGCUGCGCGCCUUCUCGACGGCGAACACGCCCAGCAAGCGGCUCUUCGAGCAGCACGUGGCCGCCGAGGCGCAGGAGCUGAUCGAGGAGCUGGUGCGGCUGAGCGCGGGCGGCGCCUACACCGACCCGGCGCCGCUGCUGACGGUGGCUAACGCCAACGUGAUGUGCGCCCUCUGCUUCGGGCAGCGCUACAGCCACGGCGACAGCGAGUUCCGGGCGCUGCUGGGCCGCAACGACCGCUUCGGGAAGACGGUGGCGGCGGGCAGCUUGGUGGACGUGCUGCCCUGGCUGCAGGCCUUUCCCAACCCGGUGCGCAGCGUCUUCCGCGACUUCCAGGAGCUCAACCGGGAGCUGCACGAGUUCGUGCGCGCCAAGGUGGCGCAGCAUCGGCGCACCUUCCGGCCGGGGGCGCCCCCGCGCCACAUCAGUGACGCCAUCCUGGACUGCAUGGAGCACGGGCCCGGCGUCCAGCAGGGCCUGGUCGGCGACUACGUCGAGGGCACGCUGUCCGAUCUCUUCGGCGCCGGCCAAGACACAACCUCCACGGCCCUGGCCUGGGUGCUGCUGCUGCUGCUCAAGCACCCGCUGCUCCGGCGGCAGCUGCAGGCAGACCUGGACCGGGUGGUGGGGCGCGAGCGGCUUCCGACGGCCGACGACCGCGCCUCGCUGCCUCGCCUGGAGGCGUUCCUCUACGAGACGCUCCGCUACAGCAGCUUCGUGCCCCUCACCAUCCCGCACGCCACCACCGCCGACGUGCUCCUGGACGGCUUCCGCAUCCCCGAGGGCACCGUGGUCUUCGUCAACCAGUGGUCGGUCAACCACGAUCGGCUUCGCUGGAAGGACCCGCAUGUCUUCGACCCGACGCGCUUCCUGGACAGCGAGAGGGGGACUCUCGACCGGGACCGCGCCUGCCGGGUCAUGAUCUUCUCGCUGGGCAAGAGGCGCUGCAUCGGAGACCAGCUGGCCAAGCUGCAGCUCUUCCUCUUCACCGCCUCCCUCCUCCAUCAGUGCGACCUGGAGCCGAACCCUGCCGAGGAGCUCAGCGUGGACUGCGAGCACGGGCUGGUCCUCAAGCCCCUGCCCUUCACCCUGUCGGUGGCAAGGCGAGGUGCCCCCCAGGGCGGGGCGGACAGGGACAGCUGAGGCGGACCGCCUGCUGCCGCCUGCCCGUCUUAGCGCCAGAGCGGCGUGUCCCGUAGAGACGCGCCCCUAGCUCUCGGUAAGCGCAGCCACGGUGGCCUCGGGAGGCAACCAGCUGCCUUUUUGCUGGGGAAGGUCUUCCGGUGCCUUGGUCCAGCUUCUACUGCCUGAACAGCAGCUUGACUUGCAGCCGUCAAGCCAGGGCGCGAAUCCCCCCUCCCCCGCGGGAAGCUUUAACGUUCAACUUUCUGCACAUCUCAGGCAGCUGUUGAAGGCACAGAAAAGGCUGGUCCCGUGUUUGUUCCCUCUCCCUGUACCCAACUUCCAACUUACCUGAGUGGCCCAUAUCUUUUAGAUUGUAAAAUGUAGCAACACCAUCCUUUUGGGUUUUUCUAACAUAUUGAAUUGAGGCUGUUUCUGGCUGAAAUGAGAGGCAUCUGCUAUUCCGGUAUGAAUGUUUCUAUCUUAAUGGGACAGUUCUAAAAUUUAAAAAUGAUGUACUUUAUAAACACAUCUGAGGCACAUGACAUUACUGGCCAUCAUAAAAGUCUCCUCAGCCAGCCCAUCUUUUCUCUAGAUCAUUUUUGACAGGACAUUUGUCACUUAAUAAUACAGCUGAUCCAAGAGGGUCAAUAAGUGUAACCACUUACUUUCAUGGGGAGCAUUCCUUUACACGUAUAGCAGCAUGUAGAUGGGCUGAGAAACCAGAUUGCGGUGUCUGCCUUCUGUGUAUGUGCUGUAUGGGCAUUCAGUAUGAGCAUUCAAAUAUUAAUGCAUAUUUGUCAAAUGGGACAAGUGUCAUUUUGUUUGCCCUUCGUAAUAAUACAGUUAACAGAUAGCAAAGUGGCCUUAAGUUAUAUUGAUCAAGAGAAAGAGGCAGCUUCUACCUAUGGGAGUCAAGAGUUAUUCAUCAGCACACCAGUAGAGUACUAUGCAGAAGAGAACUGCACAUAGUAUAGUAUUACAAUUGCCAAUUGUGGCCCCCAUCUCAUAGUUUUCUGAAAGGACAACAGCCCCGAUUCAGUUGUGUGAGGUCAGGUCUAUUUAAAACCUGGCAUGGACAGGGUGAGAUGAGCUUGCUAUAUGCAUACACCUCACAAGUUUCCAUCCUCAUUGCCCUUCACAAGUUGGAGAGCGAUUCUCUGCAGUUGGGAGAAGGGCUUUCCUAACUGCACUUCCCACACAAUGUAGAACCUUGAUUUGAAAGAUUCCAAAUCCCGUGAGGUGCCAUGGUUUUGUCAGGGCAACCUACAUCUUAGCAACUUCCCCUGUCCCCAGCCACUUUAAAGAAAACCAGCUUCAAAUCUGGAAAGAGAAGCAGGGCUUACCCCUCUUCCUGUCUGCAGGGUUAGGGCAAGCAAGGGCAAGCACGAAGUAGCUCUUCAGAUAUGUUGGACUUGCCUCCCAGCAUUCAUGACCACAGGCCAUCCUUGAGAUCUGCUUCGAUCUGCCUUGGGGUCAUACUGAGUAGGGGAUGCUGGAACAUGUGCAACACAUCCCGAAGGCACCAGGUUGGGGAAGGCUGAUGUAGGCUGAUGUAGACCUGCCAAAUCCUUAUUCCUUAUGGUGGGACCCAGGUGGCACCAAUGCGUCCUCCUUCAAGCAUGGCAGAGCCUACUCCUAGGAGCUUUGUCACUUCCCAUUAAAGCAGAAAUGUAAAUACUAAUGUUCUUGUGCAGUGCACAAACUUGGCAGCUCCUCUGAAGCGUGCCACUCCUAGCCAACAAUUAGGAUAUACCUUGGCUGUAUUCCUUGGCUUUGCCCUGCAAGAGAGAAGCUGGCCUUUUCCUGUCAGAGGUUCCUACCCUGAAACUCAAUCUAGUAUUGCCAGCUGUUCAAUAAACUUUACCAUGUGAUUGAUCAGAAAUUGGAUUCAGGGCAGGGAAAGGAAAUAGCAUGUGUAGCAAGACCAUUACUAAAUAAAAGAAUGACAUGUUGGGGUGGGGAGCCACAGAAAGGGUAUUGUGUAAACCAGGCCUCUGCUUUGGAAGAAGUGCAGGAGAAAUAGGAUAAAGGCGCCUAAAUUGCACAUUCCAUUGGAAAGUGGCCUAAGUUAAAUCAGCAUCUGCCUGCUUUCUUUUUGCCAAAAGGAGCUAACUCGCAUGACAGUUUGCUUCACAGCAUCCUUUCUAUUUGUCCAGAAAGCCACAUAUUCACAGAGGGUGUUUUUAAAAUUCUGAAUAUAGUAUGUAUUUGAAUCCAGCAUUGGCAUUUCUCUUUUUCCUAAAUCUGAGGGACAAUUUCAUAGACAAUGCCUUUGUAUUCUUUUGUAUAAUAGCAAUGCUCAAUUAAUGCUUACUUAAUACUUUUACAAAUAUGUUUAUUUCCUGUCUGAAUAAAGAUUUUGUCACAAUUUUUUGAAUUCUUGUGGUGGGUGGAGGAGAGGAAUGGAGAUAUAUCAUGAACACAAAAUUAGAGUGUUCUAAUUUUUCACUAAUUGAAACAAUCCUUGUAAAAAAUUGGAGAGUUAUUCUAGUAUAAUGUAUAAUAUGAAAACACCAAUUCAUAAGACUCAAACAAAUUCCACAUUCUGAAAACAUUUACUGACUCUAUUACUCACCUUUCUUCCAGAACAUAGGCACGGAAGGUACAGUGUGCUGGAUUCAGAAAUAAAGACACUGGCUCAUUUGGCACAAGA